AUGAAAUUGGUUGAUAUUUUAUUCGUAUUGACUGCUGCAGCAACCGCUAAUGCAAUACUGAUCCCAAGUGAUAACAAUGGUUCACCCCAAGCAUCAGUCACUUCUAGUCAAGUGUCUGGUCCAACUGAUGAACCUAGUUCAGGAACUUCUGACGACUGGCAAAGUAUAAUGGAUGAGCUUGAUUUAAGCAUUCUUGACAAAGACCAACAACAACCAAUGGAUGAAUCCAGUUCAGGAACUUUCAACCAAGUGUCUGGUUCAAUCAAUGAGCCUAUUCCACAAAUUCCCGAAGAUGACUGGCAAGAAAUAAUGGAUAUAAUUCAUUCAAAAAACCCCAACCAAAACCAACAGCAACCAAUUGAUGAGCUCAGUCUAGGCAUUUCCAGUCAAGUGUCUGGUUCAAUCAAUGAGCCUAUUCCACAAAUUCCCGAAGAUGACUGGCAGGAAAUAAUGGAUAUAAUUCAUUCAAAAAAACCCAACCAAAACCAACAGCAACAAAACCAGCAAGACCCAAUUGAUUUAGUUGAUCCAAGUACUUCCAAACAAGGUCAAAAACGACCAAUGGAUGAAUCCAGUUCAGGAACUUUCAACCAAGUGUCUGGUUCAAUCAAUGAGCCUAUUCCACAAAUUCCCGAAGAUGACUGGCAGGAAAUAAUGGAUAUAAUUCAUUCAAAAAAACCCAACCAAGACCAACAGCAACCAAUUGAUGAGCUCAGUCUAGGCAUUUCCAGUCAAGUAUCUGGUUCAAUCAAUGAGCCUAUUCCACAAAUUCCCGACGAAGACUGGCAGGAAAUAAUGGAUAUAAUUAAUUCAAGCACUUCCAACCAAGACCAGCAACAACCAAUGAACGAAGCUGAUUCUGCCAGUACUAGUUCAAGUCGAAUGAUUAUAUUGAACGAAAAAUAUCAGAUAACCUUUGAUCGCUUGAGAAAAAGACUCGAGUUGUCUAAAGAAAUACGAAACAAAAAACGCCAAGAAUAUCAUAAAUUUAUGACUUUUGGAUACAGGAAAUGGUCGGCGUUAGCAAUGGGCAAAGAGAUACAUGGAUCAAAGUAUAACCCAGAGGAUGAAAUCCGAUUGAAACAAGAAUAUGUAGCGGUAAGGAAUAGAGUAGCCAGUGUCAGAAAGGAAUUGAAAAAGUUUACGGAAAGGCAUGGUUUAGAAUUUGAUGAGCCAGAUUCAGAUUGA